AGGCGUUAUUAAUGUCGUACUAUGCACCGUGUGAUGCUGUAAACAAGAUUUUCACGGACAGAUCUGUGAAGAGGUCUACUGUUUUUGGUGUAGCUAAUGUUUACGAAAGCACAAAAUGCAAACGCUCCGGGAGGAACAGGGUCUUCCUCUGUCGUCUCUGCGUCUUUUUGUUCCGCCCCUGCGGCUGGUGUGUGCUGCUCUGUGGCAGGUGAUCGAGCGGAGAGACAUCAUGGACUAUGGACUGCUGGAGGAGUUUGCCACCACCGUGUUGGAAAUAGUCCCUGAGCUGAUGAGUUACAGAGAGAGGGUCCAACUCCUCAUGGGACUAAGAGCACGGCUGGUCCUAGAGUUAUGUCGCUGUGAUGAUGAGUUGUGUCGCCCUGACACCGUUCAGCCACACCUGAACAGGAUGAGGAGCUGUAUCUCCAAUCAUAAGGGAGAGGUUUCAGAUCCAAAUGUGGAAGCAUCAGAGGCGAACUUCACGAAGCUGAUUGAAACGCUAAUGGAGGAGCCAAAGGAGAGGGAACUCUUCUUCCAGAAUGUUUUUCCAGAGGAGUUUGGUCCCAAGUAUGACUCAACACUGCAGAUUCUUGUGUGGGAGUUCCUGUCCAGACUGGAGAAACUGCUUCCUGCUCCAAACAUUAAACAGACUGCAUCGUGGCUCAACCUUGCCCCUGCUCUCUUAGAGGAGUGUGUGCAGUCUGUGGCUCACCCUGAGCCAUUACAGGCACUCCUCCAUCACCAUAAAAAUGGAAAACAGUUAGACACCAAUGCUCUAAGGUCCACUGGUGGUGACUACAUCCUCUCUUCACUGUCUUCCCCUUCCUCUGUGAAGGAAGAAAGUGCCUCUUACCAAACUGACCCAGAGAGACAGUCCUAUCCCACCAUGCAGGGAUAUCAAAGCCCUUUCCCAUGUGAUGAACCAGAGAUGAGUUGGGACUGCCAAAUGGCAGAUUGUAGGGUCUGGACUGUAAAACCACCAGCUGGUUCUGCUUCUGUGGAGGUAGAGGUCGAGACUAUAGAGGACGCAACUGAUAUAAUGGUUAAACGCAAGACAAUCGACAAAGAGUCGAUAAAAGAGACUAGGAGAGAAGCUGUUCUCUGCCCUCAGACACGCAGCGGGCUGAAAACCAGCCGCUUGACAGCUGCCUGUCUGCGCCGUCAGCCUGUACUGCGUUUGAACAGGCUUGACAUUAGCAAUAUGCCAUUACCCAAGUCCUUGCUAACACUGAUUCUAAGGAGAGGGAGACUGCAGGCUGAGGCAACAAGACGCCCAGGACCGAAACGAAGAGGCAGAAAGAAAAAACGGAGACGAGGACGUGGCGUUGCAAAUGAGAAGAUUGAAACAGACACACUUGACGAAAGCGAUAUGCCGCUACCCAAGUCAUCACUAACACUGACCCUAAAGAGAGGAAUAGUGCAGGCUGAGGCAACGAGUUCCCAAGUACCGAAAAAAAGAGGCAGAAAGAAAGGACAGAAAAUAGGACCUGGUAUCACAAGUUUAAAGAUUGAAAAGGUUGGAGUACAUACGCUUGACAUUAGCGAUAUGUCAUUACCCAAGACCUCGCUAAAGCUGAUCAUAAGGCGAGGGAAACUGCAGGCUGAGGCAACGGACAGAAAAGAAGGACAGAAAAGACGAGGCAGAAAGAAAAAAUGGAGAAGAGGACGUGGUGUCAGAAAUGAGAAGACUGAAGCAAAGGGUGUGAAAAGAGAGCGGUCACCUGAAACCGAGGAAGAUGCCGAACCAUCAGAUAAUGAACUUUGGACCACUGUCAAUAAAGGGCCCACUGUCGAUGAGUCUGGUGGAGUCCAUGCAUCUCCUCAUUGUCCAUCAUCUCAUAAGAGGGAGGAGGAAUUGCAACAUCCCGUACAGAACUUUCACUCAGAGGAGCACAGUGGUCAUAUGGCCAAAGGGCAGAACAGAGAAGAACGGUCAGAGAGUGUACCUCAGGACUCUCAAACUCCUGAGCCAUCCAACAGCUCUCACAAAAGAAGCUUUCGCUCAGAGGAGCACAGAGAUCAUAUGGCAGAAGGGCAGAACAGAGAAGAAUGCUCAGAGAGUGUACCUCAGGACUCUCAAACUCCUGAGCCAUCCAACAGCUCUCACAAAAGAAGCUUUCGCUCAGAGGAGCACAGAGGUCAUAUGGCCAAAGGGCAGAACAGAAAAGAACGCUCAGAGAGUGUACCUCAGGACUCUCAAACUCCUGAGCCAUCCAACACCUCUCACAAAAGAAGCCAACGUGUCAAAGCAUGCUCUUUCUGUGGCAAGACUUUCACUGACACACUGGGCUUGACAAGACACAUGCGAUCUCACAUUGAUCAGAUGUCACAUCAAUGCACCCAGUGUGGGCAAGACUUUGAAUUCAGUGAGGACUUAGAGGAUCACCAGAAGCAUGGCUGUGAGGAGAUGAACAAAAAGGAUAAUAGUGAGGAAAAUGGUGAUGACUACUGUGGGAGAACUGUACAGCAAAGACCUGAUCCGAAAAAAAACCCUGAUCUAAAAAGAGACAAAAAACCUGAUCUGAAAGGAGACAAAAAACCUGAUCUGAAAGGAGACAAAAAACCUGAUCUGAAAGGAGACAAAAAACCUGAUCUGAAAGGAGACAAAAAACCUGAUCUGAAAGGAGACAAAAAACCUGAUCUGAAAGGAGACAAAAACCUGAUCUGAAAGGAGACAAAAAACCUGAUUUGAAAGGAGACAAAAAAACUGAUUUGAAAGGAGACAAAAAACCUGAUCUGAAAGGAGACAAAAAACCUGAUCUGAAAGGAGACAAAAAACCUGAUCUGGAAGGAGACAAAAUACCUGAUCCGGAAGGUGACAAAAAACCUGAUCCGGAAGGUGACAAAAAACCUGAUCUGGAAGGAGACAAAAAACCUGAUCUGGAAAGAGACAAAAAACCUGAUCUGGAAGGAGACAAACAACCUGAUCUGGAAGGAGACAAACAACCUGAUCUGAAAGGAGACAAAAAACCUGAUCUGAAAGGAGACACGCAAGACUGCUCCAUAAAGUGCCAUGUGUGCGGGAAAAUAACUACUCGUAUGCUGGGUUUGCGAAGGCACCUUCUAAUUCACUUCAACAAUGGAGCAUACAAGUGCUCUGCGUGUCCAAAGACUUUUAUAUCAAAUGCUGAUUUGAGAUCGCACCUGAGAUCAAAAAGAUCUUGCAGGGAGAAAUGUUCUGAUGAAGUAAUUACUACCGGGCUCCACCUCAAAUCUGUCCCUGGUGAAUACAAGUGUCCUUACUGUGGGGACACUUUCCAGCUCCCAGAUGAUCUGAGAGGACACACAAAAGACUGUUCCAGAAAGUGCCAUGUGUGUGGGAAAACUACUGCUCGAAUGCUGGAUAUGCGAAGGCACAUGUUAAAACACAACAACAACGGCCCAUACAAGUGCCCGGUGUGUCCAAGGACUUUUAUAUCCCAUACUGAUUUGAAGAUGCACCUAAAAACAAAAAAACUUUGUAGGGAGAAAUGUUCUGAUGUAAUGAUGAAUGAAUUACUCUCUUCAGCAGAUGGUAAAUGUAGGGAAAAUGUCAAUGAAACAGGAGUCAUGACAAGGUGCCAACAACCAAGCUCUAACAACACAGCCAGGCCUUUGAAGAGCAUUGAAGAGUUCUUUGAAGAAUUCUCUCAUGACUUGCAGCAAUCCGAUAACAGCAUAAGUAGUGAAGUGAACCUGAAUAGCCUGAAUAGCCUCGAUGAAGACUACAGUGACGAGAUCAGUCAAUACCAACCCAUGAAGGAUGUUGACCUGAAUAGCCUCCAUGAAGACUCCAUAAUGACCACUGAAGACUACAGUGACGAGAUCAGUCAAUACCAACCCAUUAAGGAUGUUGACUUGAAUACCCUCCAUGAAGACUACAGUCAGGCAGAGAUAAGUCAAUACCAACCCGUUAAGGACGUUGACCCAGAGGAGGACAGAAGGUCUGUGGAUGAUUCAGGGGGAAUUGAGAUGGCCAAUGACAAAGAACCAAUCUCAACCGAAUGCCUAACAGAGGAGCAGGUGUCCCACACUGAGGCAUGCCCUCUCCAGGAUUCUCAAUCGGAGACAAGCGGAGAAGUGAAGAACGAGAUACAGGUGAUACCGGUAUCAACAAUAGAUACGACAAUACUAAAGGCACUGCAAUUUGAGGUUUUAAGAAAAUGAUGGACUGCAACAACUUCCUACCACUUUCCCUAUAUUUCAUUGUAUUGUAUGGCCAUAGUUCUCCUUAACCUGGGGCUGUAUUCACAAAGUGUCUCAGAGUAGAAGGGAUCUAGAAUAAGUUUUUCCUUUCAGAUCAGAAUAACUAAGAGGAGCUGAUCCUAGAUCAGCAUUCCUACUCUGAGAAGCAUUAGGAAUAUGGGCCCAGAUUGGAAGGCAAAUGGAACACCAACAUGUUGCUGUUACCGAGUGAGUUCCAUCUCACCCUCUCUCUGUACACAACCCUUGGCACUGAAGUCAACCGUGCUGACAGACGGAGCUUGUUACUCAAUGAGAAAUAGUUGCCGUGAGAUCUCGGCGCGGGUGACAUCACCCCAUGACGGCUACCAAUUCCAGCCUGCUAGUUCCACAUCCACUACACUCGCUCCCUAUUAGUCUGCUACAGCCGAUUUGUAAUCUGAGUCACGGCACCAUUGAAACAGAGUGAGUUCUAUCCCCACCUGGGGGGCAAACUCUGCGUUGCCUUUGGACUGGGCUGAAAUGACAUUACUUUUUUUUUGGUUUUUUGUUUUUACUUAAUGUAAAAAUGUGACAACUAUAUCUUUCCCCUUUCUCUCCCUCGCUAUCGUUAAUUAUCCACUUUUAUAACACUUUUAUAACACGUUAAUAUCAUGUGAUGUCACUGUAUACUGUAAGUUACUUUGGAUAAGUGUCUACGCCGUCUAGUAUUAUCUAUCUAGUAUUAUCUACAUGUUUAUCCACCUUGUUUUGAAGUUUACAUAGGUGUGAUACAUUUAAAUUCAUUAAAGAAAACAUAUGAAAAGGCA